UUCCGAUUCUCUAAAAAAGGCUACCGAGUAUUGGCUCCUCAGAAUUUUUCAGACUAUGAAUCCUUAAAACAACAAUACAAACCAGAGGUGCCAGAGUACUUCAAUUUCGCAAAGGAUGUGAUGGACAAAUGGACUGAAAUGGAAAAGGAAGGGAAGAGGCCUGCAAGGACAGCCCUGUGGUGGGUAAACGAUAAAGGCAAUGAGGUGAGGUGGAACUUUGAGGAGCUUGGAUUCUACUCCAGAAAAGUGGCCAAUGUACUCUCUGAGGUAUGUGGUCUGCAGAAAGGAGACAGAAUUAUGCUGAUUCUACCACGGAUACCAGAAUGGUGGCUAAUAAAUGUGGCUUGUAUGCGCACAGGAACUAUUCUUAUUCCUGGGACAACACAGUUGACAGCAAAAGAUAUGCUACAUAGACUACAAACAUCAAAGGCAAAGUGUCUUAUCACUGAUGAUGUUCUGGCACCAGCUGUAGAUUCCAUUAUGUCUGAAUGCCAGUCUUUGAAAUUCAAGCUAAUUGUGUCAGAGGAUCACAGGGAAGGAUGGCUGAACUUUAAAGACCUAUUUAUAAAUGCUAAGGCUGAUCACAACUGUAUGACCACAAGGAGUCAGGAUCCAAUGACCAUCUUUUUUACCAGUGGUACAACAGGGUCUCCAAAAAUGACUGAACAUUCAUACAGUAGUUAUGGCAUUGGACUAACAGUAAAUGGAAGGUACUGGCUGGAUUUAGCCUCUGCCGACAUACUCUGGAAUACAUCAGACACAGGUUGGGCAAAGUCAGCUUGGAGUAGUGUCUUUGCACCAUGGAUUCAGGGGGCAUGUGUGUUUAUACAUAGUAUGCCACGUUUUGAUCCAAUCACUGUUCUAGAUACACUGUCCAGAUUUCCUAUCACAGCCUUCUGUUCUGCUCCAACUGCCUAUCGAAUGCUUGUGCAGCAUGAUCUGACCAGCUAUAAAUUCAAGAGCCUGCAGCACUGUGUGAGUGCAGGAGAGCCAAUCAAUCCUGAAGUGAUGGAGCAGUGGAAAGAGCAAACUGGGCUGGAUAUCUAUGAAGGUUAUGGCCAGACAGAAACGGUGUUGAUUUGUGGAACUUUCAAGGGAAUGAAAAUUAAGCCAGGUUCAAUGGGAAUGCCGUCUCCAGCAUAUGAUGUCAAGAUUGUAGAUGACCACGGCAAUAUUCUUCCUCCUGGAAAAGAAGGAGAUAUCGCCAUCAAAGAUGAUCCAGAGAGAACUGAAUCAACAUUACGAGGAAAUUUCUAUAUCACCGGGGACAGAGGGAUUGUGGAUAAAGAUGGCUAUUUCUGGUUUGUUGGAAGAACUGAUGAUGUCAUCAAUUCUGCUGGAUAUCGUAUUGGACCAUUUGAAGUAGAAAGUGCACUGAUAGAGCACCCAGCAGUAGUAGAAUCAGCUGUUGUCAGCAGUCCAGAUCCCAUCAGAGGAGAGGUAGUGAAAGCCUUCAUUGUUUUGGCAUCUGACUAUGUUUCACAUGACUCUCAAAAACUGAUUAAAGAGCUACAGGAUCAUGUUAAAAAGGUCACUGCCCCCUACAAAUAUCCUAGAAAGGUGGAGUUUGUUCAACAGUUGCCAAAGACAGUCAGUGGGAAGAUCCGAAGAAAUGAAUUGCGCAAGGAGGAGUGGGGAAAAGCUUAAAAUCAUCUAGUCUCCAUUUUCCAUAAUUUGUUCUUACAAAAAUAUUGUAUAUUGCUGACAUGGUGCAAUAUUUUGUUCUCUUGACAUAUUAUAGAUUUAAAUGAUAAAUUUUAGAGCAUUAUUGUACAUUGUAUGCACAACUAAAACUUCACUGACUUCAAGGAAAAUUUUGGCUAUGAAAGCAAAGCAGGUUUAGAUAUUUGGUGAGAAUUCCUUUUCCAUUUGUUCUAUGCCUAACGAACUUAAAAGCAUUUGGUCAUAAUUAAAAAACUUAAUUUUGCUCUAGUUGUCUACAUGUAAAGGCAUAUAGAAAAGAACAAGUGUGCCUAGUAGUAAGCCCCAAACCCAUCUGCUUCCAAAACUCUAAUCUUAGCACUACAAUGAACUAGCUAUUAAUUAGAAAAGCAUGCUGGAAAAAAAGAUAUGCAAACACCACUUUUUAUUGGUAUAGCUAGCAUCUUCCAACUCAAAGUUCUUAUUAAACGCUGAAACUGGCUAUUUCAAAAUAGUCCACAUUUCCAGGCAGGUCCCUAAACAUGCUGUUAAGUUCUGACAGGAUAAUACCAGGAUCAAUGAUUGCAUGUCUAGCUUAAAUAAACCCUACUCCUGCUCUUCAAA